GGAGUUAAAAGUUUCAUUCUCAUCAGUCAUCUCUAUCUAGAGAGACAGAGAGGCAGACCGUAGUAGAAAGAAAAAUGGAAGCUCUGGUCUGUAAGAGAUUGGGGGAUCCAGUGGAGCAAAAUUCACCCCCAAUUGAAAUAACAAAAAACCAUCCGAUCCCGCAACUCGACUCCCCAACUGCUGUGAGAGUAAGAGUGAAAGCCACGAGCUUGAACUAUGCCAAUUACCUUCAGAUAUUGGGGAAAUACCAAGAAAAGCCUCCUCUCCCUUUUAUCCCUGGCUCUGAUUACUCUGGUAUUGUUGAUGCCGUAGCUCCUAAUGUCUCUGCUUUCAAAGUCGGCGACCGCGUCUGUUCCUUUGCCUCCCUCGGCUCCUUUGCUCAAUUUAUCGUUGCCGAUCAAUCCCAACUGUAUCCUGUGCCAGAAGGGUGUGAUCUGGUGGCUGCUGCUGCACUCCCCGUUGCUUUUGGAACCUCCCAUGUCGCUCUUGUUCACCGAGCUCACUUGACCUCUUCUCAAGUGUUGCUGGUUCUUGGUGCUGCUGGAGGUGUUGGCCUUUCUGCUGUUCAGAUUGGCAAGGUUUGCGGUGCCAUUAUUGUUGCCGUUGUCAGGGGAUUUGAAAAGGUAGAGCUUUUGAAGUCCUUGGGAGUUGAUCAUGUAGUUGAUUCCAGCAAAGAAAAUGUAAUAGCAAGUGUCAAGGACUUUCUCUUGUCAAAAAAGCUUAAAGGCGUCGAUGUUUUGUAUGAUCCUGUUGGAGGCAAGCUCACUAAAGAUUCCUUGAAGCUUUUGAAUUGGGGUGCUCAAAUUUUGGUCAUUGGUUUUGCCAGUGGGGAGAUACCUGUCAUCCCUGCUAAUAUUGCUCUAGUUAAGAAUUGGACCAUACAUGGACUUUACUGGGGUAGCUAUAGAAUACAUCGACCGGGUGUUCUUGAAGAUUCUCUAAGAGAGUUACUCUCCUGGAUGGCAAAGGGCCAAAUUACCAUCCACAUUUCUCAUACGUACAGCCUGGCGGAGGCCAGCCUUGCCUUUUCUGCUAUUAGAGAUAGAAAAGCUAUUGGAAAAGUGAUGAUUGCAUUUGAUGGUGGAAGAAGUAUGACAUCUAAGCUAUAAUCAAGUCAAAUGAGGUGGAGCGGGAUGCAGAAAGCAAUCCUUUGUUCUCAACGUCAGAAUCUUCUCCUUACAAUCCGUCAACAGUUACACUGUCAUGUUUUGUUUUUGUGGCCAGAGUCAUAAGCCCAUAGCAAACACAAGGAAGGAUGCAAGAAAUUGCCAAAUAAAAGAACUUAGAAAUUGCCAAAUAAAAGAACUUACGGAUCAAAUAGCCAUAUAGAAUAAAGUGGACUGUAUAAAAUUUGCAGAAGCUUUUUCUGCUUUAUUGGAUGCGUGCAUCUACUGUAUAACCUGCAGGUGGAGGAGUUUAUAUGUGAUCUGCUGAGAAACUUGCAGCUUUUUAAGAAGUAGCAUUGAUGAGAUUUAUGAUA